GAGGGCUGGCGGGCCGAACUCCCAGCUCCGCGUCGUCGCGCCUGGUUUCUGCAGCGCCGUCGGGCCCGGAGACGGAGCCGGAAGCGCUAGGCUUUGAACCCCGAUCCCCUCUGCUCUUCAAGGGGUAGCCGAGUCGCCCCCCCAUAAUCUGCCCCUCUUCCUUUCUCCCCCAAUAUCCCGAGACCGGUCCCCAGUUGGGGCGGGGCGGUGCCGUCCGAGCUCUCAGACCCGGAAGCAGCGCGGGGUCGCGCCUCCGCCAUGGAGCCCACCGCGCCGUCCCUCACUGAGGAGGACCUGACCGAAGUGAAGAAGGACGCUCUAGAAAAUUUGCGUGUAUACCUGUGUGAGAAAAUCAUAGCUGAGAGACAUUUUGAUCAUCUACGUGCUAAAAAAAUACUCAGCAGAGAAGACACUGAAGAAAUUUCUUGUCGAACAUCAAGUAGAAAGAGGGCUGGAAAACUGUUAGACUACUUACAAGAAAACCCCAAAGGACUAGACACCCUCGUUGAAUCUAUUCGACGAGAAAAAACACAGAACUUUCUGAUACAGAAGAUCACAGAUGAAGUGCUGAAACUUAGAAAUAUCAAACUAGAACAUCUGAAAGGACUCAAAUGUAGCAGCUGUGAGCCUUUCCCUGGUGGAGCCACGAACAACUUAUCUAGAUCCAAUUCAGAUGAGAGUACUUUCUCCGAGAAACGGAGAGCGUCCACCGCCAUGUACCAUCCGGAAGGAGAAUCCAGCACGGCUCCCUUUUUUUCUACUGAUUCUUCUCUGAAUUUGCCUAUUCUAGAAGUAGGCAGAACUGAAAAUACCAUCUUCUCUUCAACCACACUUCCCAGACCUGGGGACCCUGGAGCUCCUCCUUUGCCACCAGAGCUGCAAUUAGAGGAACAAGGAACUUGCGGGAACUCCAGCGAGAUGUUUCUUCCCUUACGGUCACGUGCUCUUUCACGGCAAUGACAGCAUACUGCCUUUCGUUUGUUCAGUAACAACAAAAAAUGUUUUAAAGGAUAGGAAUCUUUUUAUAAAACUUCUACAGUGAUUUAUUUACAUUUGAUAUGUGUCUUUCAAAAAUGCAAUUUUAAGCAUACUUUGUAAAUAGAAUAUUUUAGAGCAAAAGAAGUAUACUUUCAGGAUAGCUAAAUGUCAAUCAUGUUGAUCAUGUACUUUUCAGUAUUUUCUGUACUUUUCCCUUUUAGGUGCUUUAGUGUUUGCAGAUUUUUCAUGUUUAAACCUAAUUUUAAUGACCAUUUCUCUAUUUGAAGAUAGAUUCUUAGGCUGCAAAUUUUUCUUUGCAUUUUUUUGCUAGGAUUUUUCUAAUGGUCCUUUCUAACCAUUGAGCAGUAAAUUUUCAGCAUUAAGCAGUUCCUGUCUGGAAAUGAAGCCAAUCACUGAGGGAAAAACCGCCAAUAUACUGAAAAGAAUCUCUUUUCCACUCAGUUGGUCUUACACGCAUGUACAAGGUCUCCUUAUAUUACUUGUGGUGAAGUUUCAGCCACCAAAAGCCUCAGCGGUUUACCUAAAUUCAUUUCAUAUUAGCCUUACUAAUUAAUACUACUUUCUUAAGAUGUUCACAGAGAGAAGGGUCUUCCUUUACCAUUGGUUCACCCACUAAUGGCCGCUGCGGCCAGCGCACCACGCUGAUCCGAAGCCAGGAGCCAGGUGCUUCUCCUGGUCUCCCAUGGGGUUCAGGGCCCAAGCACUUGGGCCAUCCUCCACUGCACUCCCUGGCCACAGCAGAGAGCUGGAUUGGAAGAGGGGCAACCGGGACAGAAUCCAGCACCCCAACCAGGAUUAGAACCCAGUGUGCCCGCUCCGCAGGUGGAGGAUUAGCCUAUUGAGCCUUGGUGCCAGCCUCCUUUAUCAUUUUCAUUCUUGCAGAAAAUAUCUUGGCAUAAGCCCCAUGUAAUUUAAUGAGAUACUUAAAAGAUGCUUUCAGGUUGGGCAUUUGACACAGUGGUAAAGACCUCUGCAACCCAUACCUGAGUGCCUGGGUUUGAGUCCCAGCUGCACUUCUGAUCUAGCUUCCUGCUAAUAAGCACACUGGAAGGCAGCGGGUGAUGGUUCAAGUGCUUGGGUCCAUGCCACUCAUAUGGGAAACCCAGAUGGAGAUCCUGCCUCCUGUCUUCAUCUUGGUCCAGUCCUGGCUGUUCUGGACAUCUGGGAAGUGAACCAGUAGUUGAGGAUGCCUAUCUCUGUCUCUAUCACUUUGCUUUUCAAAUAAAUAAAACUUAAAAAAAAAGCUUCUGUUUUAAAAUAAAUAAAAUAAUAAAAGAUAAUUUCUCUUUUAAUGAGGACCACUGUGCAAUUGAAAUACGCAGAACAAAUUGGCUUGGUGUGUGUGUGUCUGUGUAUGUGUAUGGCAACUCUUCCUUUUUUUUUUUUUUUUUUUUUUUAAUUUGAAAGGCAGAGUUACAGAGAGGCAGAGAGAGGUUUUCCAUCCACUGAUUCACUCUCCAAAUGGUUCCAACAGCCAGAGCUGAGCAAUCUAAAGCCAGUAGCCUGGAGCUUCCUCCAAGUCUCUCCCACAUGAGUGCAGGGGCCCAAGGACUUGGGCCAUCUUCCACUUCUUUCCCAGGCCAUAGCAGAGAGCUGAAUCAGAAGUGGAACAGCUGGGACCUGAACCAGGGCCCAUAUGGGAUGCUAGCACUGCAGGCAGCAACUUUACCCACUAUGCCAAGGUGCCGGCCCCCAAAACUCUGCUUUUUUAAUACUAUUUGGAAAAAGUGGGCCAUUUGCUAGAUGUGUCUGUCUAACAAAAUUUGACUGAUUUUAUGGUUUUGAAAAUUUUUAUUAUAACUCCUUCCUGAUGUCCAUUAAUUGAAAAAUAUCAGAUGCAAAUUUGCUAUUAACAAAGUUAGGGCAGGUUAAAUUGCCACUUGGGACACUUGCAUCCCAUAUCAGAAUGCCCAAUCAAGUCCUGCCUUCCCCACUUCCAAUCCAGCUCCCUGGUGGCCAGGAAGCAGCCGGUGAUGGCUCAAGUAUUUUGAGUCCCUGCCACCCAUGGGGGAGAUCUGGAUGGAGUUCCUGAUUAACAACUUCAGCCUGGCCCAGACCUGGCUGUUGUGGGAAUUUGGGGAGUGAACCAGUACUUGGAAGAUUUUUCUCUCCCUCCCUAUCAUUCUGCCUUUUAAAUAAAUAAACCUUUUAAAAAGAAAAGUUUUUAAAUUUCAGUGCUAUGUUUGGAUUUUUUAGAUUUUCAAUAGGAAAUAUUAUAUACCUUUUUUAUGCGCACCAACUUUUAUAGAAAACAUAACAAAAUUGUGAGAAAUUAAUUUAUCAAUUGUGAAGAAAUUUGGCAUACUGGCUUUAAAAUUUUUUUUAAAGACUUGACUAAUUUUUUAUAGUAUAAGCAUUUUCUAACAUUUAAGGAGGAUCAGUUUUGCCUGCAGCAUAAGAAAUAGUGAAGGGGCCAGUACUGUCAUGUAGCAGGUCAAGCUGCCUCAUGCAAUGCCGGCAUCCCAUGUGAGUCCUGGUUCAAGUUCUAGCUGCCCCACUUCCUAUCCAGCUCCCUGCUAAUGUACCUGGGAAAGCAGUGGAGAAUGGCCUAAGUCCUUGGGCCCCUGCACCCGCAUGGGAGACCCGGAAGAAACUCCUGAUUCCUGGCUUCAGAUUGGCCCAGCUCCUGCCAUUGCAGCCAUUUGGGGAGUGAACCAACAAAUGGAAGAUCUCCCUCUCUGUCUCUGUAACUCUGCCUUUCCAAUAAAUAAAUAAAUCUUUAUUUUAAAAAAAUAGUGACAAAGGUAGGCAUUUGAUAUUGGUUAAGACGCCAUUUGGGAUACCAACAUCCCAUAUUAGAAUUCCUGGGUUCAGUUUUCUACUCUAUUCUCAAUUGCAGCUCCCUACUAAUGUGCACCCUGGAGGCAGCCGGUGAUGAUUCAGAGUAGUUGGUUUCCUAUCACUAAAGAGACCCAGACUAAGUUACUGGUUCCUGGCUGUUGAGAGCAUUUGGGGAGUGAGUCAAUAGAUGGGUCGGUCUCUCUCUCUCUCUCUCUCUCUCUCUCUCUCUCUCUCUCUCCUUUCCAGAUAACUAGUUGGGUGGGCAUUGUGGCACAGCAGGUCAGCUGCAGCUUGGUACACACGCAUCCUGUGUUGGAGUGCCUAGUUGAGUCCUGCCUCUGCUUGUCACCAGCUUCUUUCGAAUGAAUGCCCUUGGAGGCAGCAGGUGAUGACUCAAGUACUUGGUCCGUGCCACCCACUUGGUAGAUCUGGAUGGAGUUUCUGUUUGCCAGCUUCAUCCUGGUGCAGCCCCAGCUGUUGCAGACAUUUGGGGAGUGAACUAGCAGAUGGAAGUUUCUCUCUGUCUCUCUGCCAUUCAAAUGAAAAUAAAAGACAUUCUUGAGCAUUAAAAAUUUGUAAUAG